CAUCAGGCUGGGCGUCGCCUGCUCGGCUAUAAAUUGUUAGAUCAACUUGCAGCCAGUCCCACUUCUCACUGAAGCUCAGCCAACUGUUUCUGCCUCUUUGUGACCUGAUUCUGCAGCCAUGACUCAGUUGGAGAGCUGCAUGGAGUCCCUGAUCGUGAUCUUCCACCAGUACGCCAAAGACGACGGCGACAAAAAAACGCUCACCAAGAAGGAUCUGAAGAAGCUGCUGGAGUCGGAGCUGCCCAACUUCCUGAAAGCCCAGAACAACCCAAAGACCGUCGACUUCAUCAUGAACGAUUUGGACUCGAACAAAGACGACAAGCUGGACUUUGAGGAGUUUCUGCCCCUCAUCGCCGGGAUCUCGUUGGCCUGUGAGAAGUGUUACAACGCGAGCCAAAGGAAGGGCAAGAAGUGACGGGCGGAUACAAGGGACAGCAGUGUUUUAUGAAUGAUCUGUUGUCACACUGUUUGACAGAUUCCAAAGUAAAAACUACCUUUGAUAAGAUUUCA